UCCUCUCGUCCUGCUCCUGCACCCAUGUCCUCUCGUCCUGCUCCUGCACCCAUGUCCUCUUGUCCUGCUCCUCCACCCAUGUCCACUCUAGUUCCGGCAGCCGUCAAGGUGUCUAGUGAAGGCAACGUCUUCAUUAUGACAGCAACAAAGGCUUCGGAGGCUGUAAUUGACGAUAUUGAUGACAGUAAUGGUGUGAUAGAUGAUGAUAUUGAUGACAGUGAUGGUGUGAUAGAUGAUGAUAUUGAUGACAGUGAUGGUGUGAUAGGUGAUGAUAUUGAUGACAGUGAUGGUGUGAUAGAUGAUGAUAUUGAUGACAGUAAUGGUGUGAUAGGUGAUGAUAUUGAUGACAGUGAUGGUGUGAUAGGUGAUGAUAUUGAUGACAGUAAUGGUGUGAUAGAUGAUGAUAUUGAUGACAGUGAUGGUGUGAUAGGUGAUGAUAUUGAUGACAGUAAUGGUGUGAUAGAUGGUGAUAUUGAUGACAGUGAUGGUGUGAUAGGUGAUGAUAUUGAUGACAGUGAUGGUGUGAUAGAUGAUGAUAUUGAUGACAGUAAUGGUGUGAUAGAUGAUGAUAUUGAUGACAGUAAUGGUGUGAUAGGUGAUGAUAUUGAUGACAGUAAUGGUGUGAUAGAUGAUGAUAUUGAUGACAGUAAUGGUGUGAUAGAUGAUGAUAUGGAUGAUAUUAACGGUAUGAUAGAUGAUGAUAUUGAUUGUGUGAUAGGUGAUGAUAUUGAUGAUAGUGUGACUACUUAG